AUGGAGAGUCUUAUGGCUCUCCCUACAGAAGCCCCAAGACUCAUAAUAUACGCAACCCUUCCAGAAUACUGGAACGAUGCCCAGUCUGCCUCCUGGUUGAAUAUAAAACGCAUCUGCAAUAAGUACUACCCAUCUAAAAUCCGCAAACCAAACAUUAACCACAUUGAACAGAAAGAUUCGAAGAUCUAUACUCCUGUCGAGUCUUUAAACAAUUCGAAGCAAAUGGUAUCUGCGUACCACCCAGCCUGUUCGUACAUCCAGGCUGCCUGCGAACUUUAUCUGUCACAUGAGAGAAUGAGCCGCGCAUGUUGGGAAAUCUCAAAACUGCGCAAGAAGCAAGGCACAACGCCUGUAUUUCCGAGCAAGCUCUCUCUAGCAGCAUAUUUGGGUGAUGAAACUGCAGUGGUGUUUUUGGUCGCUCAGGGCGCUGAUGUGAACGCUAAUGACGAAUGGCUUGGUCCUCCGUUGAAUGCAGCCGUGUACGGCGGGCAUUUGUUUAUUGUCCAAUUUCUACUGAGCCAUAAAGCUGAUAUCAAAUUCCGUGUUUACCAAGGCAGUCCGCUUACGAUAGCAGCACACAAGACAAACGAAUGGUGCGACUACUUCUUGAAAAUGACGAAAUUGACCCGGACAGAACGCAAAAGGAUCCAGCCAAGAAUGCUCUCACAUCCAAACAGGGCCCUAAUCCUACAACUAUCCCUGGACAGACUUCAAGAUGACAAUAUACACAAAUAUCACCCCAUGGCCAGAAGCAUGCUCCACUGGGCUGCUGAAUUCGGCCGCGUCUCUGCCGCAGAGCUUUAUACUUGGCCACCAUCAACGGCCACCCACGCAAUCGUCCGCCUCCUUCUCCAGCGACACGAUAUAAAACCAAACCUGAGAUACUCGGGCCAAACGCCCCUCCACGCAGCCAUAUUCUACGGCCACGUGUCCAUAGUCCAAUUACUACUCGAGCACAAGGCCGUUGGUCGAAACGCCAAAGAUGGCUACCACCGCACACCCCUCUCAGCAGCUAUCUGGCGCGGACGCGCCAAAAUAGCAUGCUUAAUUCUCCAGCAGCCAGGUAUUGAUAUUACGUGGAUAGAUUGCCAAGGCCGCACGGCGGCUUCAUAUGCCGCGCAAAGAGGGUAUCUGGGUAUUCUCAGGGCACUAUACAAACGCGACGGCACGGUGCUUGAUAAUGUAGAUAAGCAUGGCCGGACGCUUCUUAUAUGGACUGCGAGGAAUGGAUAUGCUCAGACUGUGCGGUUUAACCUUGAGCACCGGGGGAGUGUUUUGAAUAGGCAGGAUAAGUUUGGGUACACGGAGUUGAUUAUGGUUGUGAGGAAGGGGCGGUUGGCGGUUGUUAGGGUUUUGUUGGGGUUUGGGGCGGGUGUGAGGUUGAGGGAUAAGGAUGAGAGGACGGCGCUUUGGUUUGCGAGGGAGAGUAAGUAUCGGAAUCGGGAUAUUGAGAAGGUCUUGGAAGAAACGAUGGGAUUGAACCCAGAAUAG